CGAGAACGAGCUCAAAACGCUGCUCGCAUUCGCGUACCCAGGCCGCGACGCCGACAAGGUCGGCAGUAUGUUCGCCGCGCUCCCGGACGCCGCCUACGAAGCCGCAGGCGACAUCAUUGUCGCCCGCAAGCGAGAGCUCGAGGAGAAGAUUCGAGAGGCUGGCAGGAAGAGGAGGAGGGUCGUUGCUGCUCGUGUAGAUACGGUUAAGGUCGUCGCUGAGGAUAAGAUGCACCGUCUGGAGAGGCUGACGAAAAGGAGGGAGGGUCUCAGGGGAAGCGUGGGUAGGCUGUUGGUCGAGAAUGGGUUUGCGGUUGAGUUUUAGGAGGGAGUGGAGUUUGGAUUUUCGGACUAGACGAGGACUGGGCGCUUGAUGUUGAUGUUUGCGAGCGAUGUUUGCGUGGGAUUGUAUUUUACUGGACACCUGAACGUUGAUGGGGUGAGGUGGGGUGGAUACCUAGGUGGAUAUACCCACGGCUGGAUCUGGGCUUGAUGAUUGAUUGAUUGAUACAUGGAUCUGUGUUUUGUGCGUUUCUUUUGCUGCAUAUAGUUGAUUUACUAGUAAAUUUAUUUACAAACAUCAUUGCAU